AGACAGAGAGGUGGAGAGGCGCGGAGUGGAGGAGAUGGAGAGUCUGAGAGAAGGAGAGAUGGAGAGGCGCGGAGUGGAGGAGAUGGAGAGUCUGAGAGAUGGAGAGGUGGAGAAGUGCAGAGUGGAGGAGAUGGAGUGUCCCAGCGAUAAGGAGAUGGAGAGUAUUCAUGGUGUAGGAAUGACAAUGGAUUCAGAGUCGGAUGGUUCUGGAGUGAGAGCCAGUAAAAAGCACACGCAGUUGGAUCCUGUUGAAGGCACAGAGCAGAACAACUCAGAAUGUCAGCCCGAUACAGACACAGCGAGCUAUCCUGGAUCAGAACAGCAGAGUCCAGGCCAGAAGGACCUCAAACUCAGCCCCAGAGACUUGCUGCUCCACAGCACACAAUGCAACAACGGCAAUGUGGUGCUGACUCACAAGACAGAGAGCAGCCCAGGCACAGCACUCAGUGAGUCUGUGCCCACGGAUGAGGUGGAGAGUCCAGUCUUUGAGUUGGAGCAAGAUGCUGUGACAAUGGACUCAGGUGGGACAGAGAGUGUGGCAGAGGGACCAGUCGAAGAGACCAGGAGCACUGAGGGGAGCGAGAAGGACACACAGCAAGAUCCCAAAGAUUCCCAAAUGCAGGAAGAACCUGACAGACCUAAGAGCAUCGACUUCUCCUUCUUGCUGGACACCUCCGUGCUGGAUAGUUCCGCUCACCGUACUCGUGUCGAUUUGAACCGGAAACGUGUCCACCGUCCCCCUGUCUCCCAGUCGUGGGAUCGUAGAGAGGCUCAGGCUGGAGCUCCUGAGGAAUCCUGGAUGUUCCGAGACUCGACAGAGGUCCGACCCCCUCGAUCUGACAAAUCGGACGAGGAAGAGGAAGUGGCCAAGUCUCCGAGGUUGGAAGGAGCCAAUCCAAAGGGAGCAGGGUCAGGCCGGAGAGUUCAGCUCUUCCCAGGAAUGGACUCCUCCUUCAAGAAACGGAUAAAGUCACGGAAUAAAUCAGCCAACGACAGUGAGGAUCCAGACGCUGCCACAGCGCCCAUGCAACGUUCCAAAUCACUGCGCUUUCCCGUCCAGAUCGGACACGCUUUCCGGAAGGUGCUUCCAGGAAAAGCUGAAAAAACUGAAAGGUGAGUGUGGGGCGGGAGCGGGUGCGGUGUGUGCCA